GACUAGAAGUUAGCUAAAAAGAAACCUAGAAGUUAGAUAGUAGAAAAUAAAGAGCAAAUGUAUUCCAUUAGUAUCUCCAAUCAAUCAGCAGAAGGGCUAGUAAAUGCACAAACACAUGUUUGGAAUCAUAUGUUUUAUUAUCUGAACUCCCAUGCCUUAAAGUGUGCAAUUGAGCUAGGAAUCCCAGAUGCCAUUCAAAAGCAUGGCAAGCCUAUGACUGUUGAUGAGCUUGCCAUUUCGUUGUCUCUACAUCAAAACAAGGCCAAUUCCCUUAAUCGUCUAAUGCGCCUUCUCUGUCAUUCCAACUUCUUCUCCACUCUAACAUUACCGAGUGGAGAAGAAGCAUACAACCUCACCAUUAACUCUCAACUUUUAUUGAAGGAUCACCCUCUCACCCUUGCUCCUUUGGCACUUCUUACACUUGAUCCAAUUUUCUUUGAAUCGUCGUGUAAUUUGUCUACUUGGUUUCAAAAUGAAGACGAGACUCCUGUUCAUAUUGCUCAUGGGAGGAGUAUUUGGGAAUAUGCUGCAUGUGUACCCAAGUUCAACAAGCUUUUCAAUGAUGCCAUGGUAAGUGAUACUAAUUUCAGCGCGAGUUUGUCGGUGAUUAAUAAUGAGUUCAAGAGUUUAUUUGAGGGGAUAGAGUCUUUAGUAGAUGUUGGUGGCGGCGAUGGAACCAUGGCUAAGGCCAUUGCUGAGCUCUUCCCUAAGUUGAAGUGCAUUGUUUUUGAUCUACCACAUGUGAUUAAGGGGUCAAAAGGGUAUGGUACGAACUUAAAUUAUGUUGAAGGUGAUAUGUCUGAGGUUGUUCCUCCUGCCCAAGUCGCCUUACUCAAGUCUGUACUGCAUGAUUGGAGUGACGAUCAUUGCAUAAAGAUACUUCGACGGUGCAAAGAGUCAAUACCUGGCAAAGAUGAAGGAGGCAAGGUUAUUAUUAUAGAUAUGGUGGUGGAAAUCAACAAAGAUAGUGUCAACGACUAUUCUAAUUCCCAACUUUUGUUUGACAUUAUGUUGAUGAAUAUGACCAUAGGGGGGAAAGAGAGAACCGAAGAGGAGUGGAAAUGGCUCUUCAAAAGCGCUGGUUUUGAUGAGUAUAAGAUUUUUACUAUCCUAGGACCAAGAUCUGUCAUUGAAGUUUAUCCUUCAAAAAUUAAGUGACUGAACAUAAGUAUUAUCAUCCAAGGUCUUUAUUAAAUUUGCUUGCGUUUCUCUUUUCUACUAGUUUCAUGUCUUGUAUUGUACUUUAAUAAUGAUAGGAUCAGCUACUUUCCUGUCCCCAACUCAUUUUUUUUUUUGUGUUCUUGAAGUCUGUAAAUUUCUUUUCAUCUAAGUAGGGCUGUAAUGAAUGUGGAUCAUUUAGGUCGCUUGAAAGUAAUGAAAUGUC